ACUUCAUUGAAAGCCUCUCCAAUCACUCUGCUCUAAUGGCAACUUCUACAAGCCUAAAACCAGUUAAACUUGGAGAAUUCCUCAAAGAGGAACAAGAGCCUUUUGUCCUAGAGGAUUACCUUACAGAAAAAAGGCUUCAGAGGAACAACAGUGCGCGCAAGUCUUUAAAGAGAUCAUGCAGUAGUGACUCAAACAAGAUCAGAAGAAAGAGCAAUUCACACUGUCCUAAGGUAUUGAGAGGUGUAUAUAAUAAGCUUACUUCUAUUAAUUUGAGAUUAGUAAUUAGAAAACCUGACAAUGGGGAAGGAAAGUUUGGCGUACCCACCACAGCCCAAGUUGCUGAAUCAGAUAACUUUUCCACUGCUAGCAGCUCAACAGUUUUCAAUUCAUGUUCUGCGAGCGAUGAAGAAGAAACUCCAACUUCAUUGCGAGAAGAUCAUACCUUGUGUACAGCAGAAACUUCACAGCCUAAGAAACCAUACAGUGGGAAACAGGAUGUGAUAGGAAAAAAGCUUCUAUGGGGAUGCAACAGUAUGCAACUAAGCCCCGUAUCAGUACUAGCAGAGGGAUCAUUUCAUGGUGCUUCUCCACAUCACCACAAUAAACCAGCAAAAAAGGACUUCAGUACCAAAAAACAAGACAAUUCGUCAAAAACAAAAAUUACAGAAGAAGCCAUCUUAUCAGCUUCUAUUUGGAAAUUUUUUAUCCACUCAGAGCAACAGAAGCCAAGUUGUAAAGGAGUCCAAUCUAGUUCCUCUUCUCAGUUGUUAAAAUCCAAAAAGGUGUUGCAGCCAAAAAGACAGCUACUGUUCGACUGUGUGAGGGAGAUUAUAAAGACCCAUGUGUCCAAGAUGCAAGGACGUCACAAACAAUAUCUGGGAUAUGAAGAGCUUGGAAAGCUCAUUUGUGACAAAAUAAAGUUAUGGGAAAAACUAUCCGCGGAUGAAACGAACUUACUGCAACUAUUAGACUUUGAAUUCCAAGGUUCAGCACAGGAAUGGAGUAAUUUUGAGCAACAAAGAAGGUAUAUAGGAUUAAAGAUCGCAGAUGCAAUCUUCGAAGAGACCAAGAAUGAAAUUGUUGUUGAAAUAGUAGACUUUUUGGAUAAAAAUACAUAUUAAGCAAUCUCUAGUUUCAUUACUCCCAUUCACUGACUUACUGUUAUUCAAUUCAUUCAUCUCUAUCAGGUAAAGCAUGCUAAUUUGUGGGGUUGGGUGAUAGCAAAACGGUAGACACUUCUUCCUUCCUAUCUUUCCUAGAAGACAGGACAAUCAUUAUGGCUUGAUCUACACCAUUUUCACUUUCUAGAAACCAGACAUGAAGAGUUGUUGAUUUCAUGCAUACUUGCAGAAAGAAAAAUGCUCUCUGCAGUACAUACCGACACUCGCGAACUCAUUUGGCCACAAUUGCUUUCUUAAGAUUCCUUGUCAUUUUGUUGCUCUAGUGUGUGUAACACACUGGGCAAAAAGGGUUCAUUAGUAGAAUGGAGUCCAACCUUUCUAUACUAGUUAAAAAGACAGAUGAGUCGAAAGUGAUAUGAAAACAAACCAAUUCCAAAUACUAGAACAAUUGGUCAUCUAAUCUUCGAGUUUAGUGUGAAAGUAGCAUUUUGUCCCCAAGCACAUGCCUUUGGACUUACCAGACAUGACAGCUAUACAUUGAUAUACUCAUUCAAACAAUAUCAUAGUUUUUCUAGUUCAAUCUGAUUUAGUAAUUUCUCAGGAAGUUCAGAAAAGGAAUUCACAUCAUAAAAGAAAGCAAGCAAGCGUUUUUU